UGAAACUUGAUAACUCUUCCCUUUGCAUGAUAAAGAAUUGUCAGAUUGAUAAGAAUCAUGCUAAGAAAAACUCGAAAUCGCCGAAUACCGACAAACCUAUUCCGUAUUUUGAGAUUAUAAGCAUUGAGAUUGUCUUAUUUUCAUGCUGUCUUCUUUAGGUUCCGAACAACGCCAUAUAGGAAUAUAAAUCUCAUAAAAAAACAUUCAUGUUACUUGCCUGGCUGACCUUCAAAUUAUCAUAUAUCACAAGGCCACAUAAAUAUAAAUAUUAUUACGGAUAGACUUACACUUUAAAACAUGCAGGUCGUCUAAUAGUGACAAUAGCCACUGUUAUCUUGCGUUGUAACCCGACUGAUUCGUAUAUCUUAGGAUAAACAAUGAAUUGUUUGGCAAAUAUUUUGUUCUUCAUUACAAUCACAACAAUUAUAUGUGUUGUUCAGUCUAAUUUAGUAGAACAGUGUUCAAACAUUAAUGAAUUGAGAAUAAGUGAUCUUAAGAGUAUUAGCAAGUCCAUUAUACCUGAACUGGAUGGCAAAGGUAAAGGGGAAGCUGGUAAAAUUGGCAUCAUUGGAGGGUCUGUGGAAUAUACCGGAGCUCCAUAUUUUGCUGCUAUAUCAGCAUUAAGGGCUGGAGCUGAUUUGGUAUAUGUGAUAACAACAGAGAAUGCAGCCCCCAUCAUAAAAGCUUACAGUCCAGAUCUUAUUGUUUAUCCAUUUCUUAAUAUGAAUUCUGCCUCAAAACUGAACUAUAUCCUAUCAAAAAUGGAUGUCAUAGUUCUCGGACCAGGGUUAGGUAGAGACGAUGAAGCUAUUAAAUUAGCGCGAGAAAUAAUGCAAACAUGUAAAUCUUUGAAGAAACCAAUGGUUAUUGAUGCUGAUGGUUUAUUUGCAGUAUGUCAGAAUAUCUCAAUUUUAAAAGAUUACCCCAGUCCAGGUGUUAUUCUUACUCCAAACAAAAGAGAAGCAAGUCGUUUAAUGCAAGCUGUUCAGGCAAAGAAUUUAUCUUGGUAUGAAUACUGGGGUACCAAUGUGUCAGUUUUAGCUAAAGGAGAAUAUGACAAUUUUCUUUCUAGUGUGGGAUCUGUUAAAUGGUCGUCAAACGAAGGUGGCUCUAGUCGCCGUGCUGGCGGACAAGGCGACAUUUUAUCUGGAAGCUUAGGGACAUUUUUCAACUGGGCUUUGAAAACAAACUAUUUCUGUACAAAAGGAAAAAUAACACCAUUUUCACAGAGUGUUGCAGCUUAUGCCGCCGCAAGGUUAACAAGGUCGUGCAAUUCAAGAGCUUACAAGAUUUACGGACGAAGUAUGAUAGCUUCAGAUAUGUUGAAAGAACUGCAUAAAGCCUUUGAGGAGCAAUUUCUUUAAAUGAAUUUAUGCAUAUACUAAAUACAUGUUAUAACGAAUCUCAUUGAAUUACAAUAUAUAGUGGCAUUGUC